AUGGAUUUUCGAGUCUUCUGCCGGUCGCAUCGACAGCUCGCUUUCAAGCACUUCUUCUGUGCAUCGCUUAAACCUGUUGAGAAUACAGCACGUCUCAUCACCCGCGAGCGUUCCGGCGCUUGCUAUACGUUCGACCUGCCAGCACCGUUUAGCGCUCGUCGCAUUACGACAGCUAACAUCAUAUCUCUAGUGCUCCAUGAUCAGCUUCUAGCUGCUCAUCAGCAUCUGUCGCAUCCUCAGCAAGCUCGACCCCAACCCCCUGCACCGCAACCUCCGCACAUGCAGCCCAGCACGCCGGCUCGCGAUCAGAAUAACAUCGAUCCUGCCAUUUCAGGCGCUACCAUGCUGACUGGCCCACCGCAAACUCCCAGCCAGCCUGAUGUAAGCCAAGAGUCUCCAAAAACGUACGGCAAACGGCCGUUAUCCACCUCAAAACGCGCCGCGCAGAACCGUGCCGCGCAGCGGGCGUUCCGUCAGCGGAAGGAAGCCCAUAUCCGGGAGUUGGAGGGAAAGGUGAAGGCGUACGAGAACAUGGGAGAAGCGAUUAAAGCUCUGCAGGCGGAAAACUACCAACUCCGGGAGUACAUCAUCAACCUGCAGUCUCGCUUAUUGGAUUCUCAAGGCGAGGUUCCGGAGCUGCCUGGCAACAUCGACCUGAGUCAACCGCGGAGUGAAAUUCCUGUGCCUCCUAUUCCAAACUCGGGAACGACCACCUCCAGUGCUGCCGCUCCUCCGACUGCACCCCAGCAACCUCAGGCUGCUCACCCUCAAGCACCCGCAUCAAAUGAUGAUAUGAACUCCUUGAACCGCAUAGCUGUUGCCGGGCUUGGAAUGCGCAAACCUCCUACCGAAGAGGCAAAUUACCUCGGCAACAACUUUCAGGCACAGGCAAGGCGCGUCCGCCCUGAUGAAGGACAAAGCGAAGCUUCCGAACUGCCCAAGCAGGAACAAACACACGGGCUCCCGCUCAUAUCAUAG